AUGCACAGAGAGAAACAAUAUAUUCGCAAGGUCACAGUCAACUGGAAGCUUCGUAAGAACACCAAAAAGGAAGAAUGGGAGCAAGCGAGUGCAUUGGUCCUGAAGCGCAAAGCUGAAGGAAAACCAACUGAACUCACGAUCCAUGGUAAGAUCAUACCAGACAAGAAGAGGAAAAAGGAAAUAAGGAGAUACGCCCCAAAGAACCUACCCGGAAGUCCUGCAUUCUUGCCCCUCGAAACGUUUUCUGCUCGUACACCCCCGACAGCCAAUCGAAACAUUACAUACUUCAUCACACCGUGGCUCAAUCUCCAAGCCCAAUUCACUAGUACUGAUGGAGUUAACCCGAUAUCGAAUGGAACUAUUGAAUCCAUUCACCGUCCGGUGCGAUUCACCUCACUGUCAUCUCAGAAUCACGCCGCCAUAGUGGACUUUAAAAGAUCACUGUUGCGUUCCAUCAGGGAUACAGGCACACCGGACUCGAUGCUCGAUGCAACACCUCCUAAUGUGCUGAUGUUACUUGAGGAACAAAUGCCAUUCAGCCACAGACACCAGACAGAACUACAGACCCAACAGACUCCAAUUUCUGGGCCCUGGUCUCGACUCUUUCUUUCCUUGGCAUUCCUCUCGAGUAACGAUCACUUGCAUGUGGACAUAAUGGCCGACUUUUUGAAGUUGGCCAUUUCUUGCGGGUUCUUACAUGACCUAAAACAAGCGCUCUCUGUCCAAGGACCGACAAUGAAGCUGUUCUCGGUAGCUUUACUGUCCGCUGCUCUCGAUAUCCCUGGAGAAGAGGGCUUCCAGCUCGUCAGUAAUCUGCUACAAAAAGGCGUCAAUCCGAAUAGCGCUUAUUCUUUUCAGACACCUUUGCAGAAGGCAGUCCGGUUUCAGAGGACAGUCCUACAUGAGGACAGUGCUACUGUCCAACUCCUCCUUGAUCACGGCGCGCAUCCAUUGGCAUCCUUUCCGUCACUGCGGCUAUGUAGUCCGUGGCAAAUGGAAUCCUACGAUAACGAGUCACUCGCCAAAGCUUUGAUCGGCAUGCGACACAAGAUAUUUGAAACCCCCAAUCCCAAUAGAUACAUUUUCCUACCACCGCCAAUAUUUCUAGCUGUUGAAGCUGGAAAUAAUUCCCGAGUGAGGAGUCUGCUUCAAGCUGGAACCGAUCCAAACAUUUCCAACCCAGACCGCAUGUCUUUAUUACAUAUGGCAGUUGAACGUGGGAACUCUGCAAUGAUUAAUUUGUUGAUCGAAUUUGGAGCAGAUCCAGAUUUGUUUUGCCGAACUGAGACCAUGGAAGCGAUCAUUUUGGCUAAUCCAGAGACAUUUGACUUGCGAAGUUGUGACCUCUCUCGAGCAGUAACUCCUCUUCAGCUGGCUGCUAAGAGUAGGAAACUUGAUAUCGUUCGACAACUGUUGCAGGCAGGCGCAAACCCCGAUGGCACAGUUAGUCUGUAUUUUCUGAGCGACAGCGAAAAAGGAUACCAUGAAUACGACUUUGUUUCAACUCCUCUCCAGAUCGCGAGCAGACUAGGCAGCUAUGAGAUGAUAAAGAUGCUACUGGAAGCAGGAGCAGGUGUCGAUACUCGACAGGCUAUGCAGCCGACUGCACUGCAGUAUACAUUACAGAAUACAUUGUGCUUUGAUCCGAAUCGUUCAGCCAGAAUGAGUCGAGUCAAGCUACUUCUGGAAUGGGGAGCAGAUGUGAAUGCCUCCCCGAGUCAGGAGAGCGAAAAGAGUUCCCUUGAAGCUGCUGCUGGAACUGGAGACAUCGACGUAGCCAAACUGUUACUACAAAAAUGCGCAACCUGCGACAACUCAGCUCCCAUUCUGCAAGCAGCUGUUAGGUCUGGCUCCAUGGAAUUGGUCAAUUUCUUACUUGACCACUUCUCAAAGGCAGGCCUAUCUGCAGUCGACAAGGCAGACAAUUGGAGCCAAUACCUCGAAAUAGCCGCGAAAUCUCGAAAUACCCAACUCGUCGACAUGAUUCUCAGUUUCUGUGUCGAUAAAAGCACAUAUCUCUUUGAGAAACACGUUAUCGAUGCUAUGGAGGUUGCUGUUGGCCACGGCGACAGUAGAAUGUUGUGGUUCCUACUCGUACUCAAUAUUAACCCCAAUGCCGACGGGAGGGCCUGCCGCAUCCUGAGCAAAUCUAUCAUGAACCCAAAACAUGACAAACAUGCCGAAUGCUUCACUUUAUUAAUGGUCAAGUUCACGGCUUUGGGGCUUGAUCUGGAUAAACCUCUUCCCGGUGAUGAGACGCCUCUCUGUACGGCAAUUGGCCGUGAUAACCGGCUUGCAGCACAAUGCUUGAUAUCCUCUGGUGUUGAUGUCAAUAAACCAUCUCUACAUUUUGUGCCCUUCUAUAACAAAACCGACGACGAAAGAAGGAAUGACACACCUGAACCGCCCAUUUUACAAGCUAUCAGAGGCUCCAUAUACUGUCAGAAUAAAAACGUCUGCUUAGUCGAUCUUCUCAUAGCCAACGGUGCAAAUUAUGGACACAAGACUGCCCUAUUGUUAGCCCUGAGAUCACAGAAAUAUGAAGUCGCAAAGACACUACUUGAACGCGGGGCAGACCCAAACGCUAAAGAUCCAGAAACAGGAAUGGAUGCUUUAGAUUCUAUCUUCUGGCAGAAAUUUGGAUGGCCCCCUUUUUCAAUAUUCAAAUCGCUUAUCAAUCAUGGCUUUCAAGUGAAAGCAGAAUCCAACACAGGGAUUCUGGCCCGAGUUAUUGCAGAAACCUGCGAAAACGACACCACUAUCAGAUGGGAUGCUCUUACGCGGGUGGUUUCAUUGUUACUCGAUGCUAGCGCUAGGGUCAAUACAAUUCCGACGGAAAAGUACCCCAUGACGGCUCUCCAGUAUGCCAUAAAUGCCAAUCACAAGGAGCUUAUCACUAUACUCUCAAAUGCAGGGGCUGAUAUCUAUGCACAUGCCUUUUGGAAGAGAGGAAGGACUGCCCUUCAAGUAGCUUGCUAUGGUGGUAACCUUGAGCUGGUUCAAAGCCUUGUUGCACAGGGUGUAGAUAUAAAUGCCCAGCCAGCCUUGCACUAUGGUGCAACAGCACUUCAGUUUGCAGCAAUGCAGGGGCACUUGAAGAUAGCCAUCUUCCUUCUUGAAAACGGGGCCUUGAUCAACGCUCCAGCUGCUUCGGUGGAAGGACGAACGGCGCUCCAGGGAGCUGCAGAACAUGGGAGGUUGGAUAUGAUUUAUCUACUGCUUGAGAACGAUCAAGACGAUGGUUUGGAGGAAAGAUGCCAGGAGGCGGCGAUAUUUGCACUGGACGAAUCACGUUUCGAGAUUGCACAGUUCUUACGAGAGUAUAGGAAAGUAUGA